AUGUUAUUCCGCCUUAUUAUAUUGAUUGUUUCAAUCGGCUGGAUCAAUUGUGAUCUUCCAACUGAACUCGAUCCCUUCCUUGAGAAGCUUUUCGAGUUUGAAGAAUGUGAGGAGUUCAUUUCGUCGGCCGAUUAUACGAAUGUUGCCACUUCAAAAUGUGAUCCACACGUGUGUGAUUUCCCUCGUCAACUAUGUGCCAGACCUGCUUCCAAGUUCCAGGACAAUGCAGCAAAUACUUGUAGAAACAUUCCUAAUGAGUGUUUGACUGCAGCAAAUGGAGGUGUUCCAGUGAGAUCAGUACGACCAGCAACACCGAAACCAUUUAUGCCACUGGUGCCACCUGGUGGACAAGGAAUGUUUAGUGGAGGUGUUGUGUCAAAACCGUCGAAUCCAAUGAGAAUUUGCACAAUGGACGCGCCGACGGGAAGAUUUUGCGGAUUUCGGCCAAUGUACACCUACAAUAAGGAAACAUUCCAAUGCGACGAAUUUUGGUUUCCUGGAUGCCGUACGUCUGAAACUAAUGCAAAUCUUUUCGACGAUUAUCAGGAAUGCCAGAAGAUUGCAGAUAUGUGCAAACCAAAACCCACAACUCGGCCACCACCACGCCCAACUCCGCAGCCUCCUCGGCCAACAAAUCCUAGAACAGCUCCAAAACCAACGACACCGCCAACAUCUCCAAUCGUUGACGUGAUUAGUAAAUUUGGUGGAGGCGGAGCAGGAAACAAUAAAGUAGGGCAAGGAGCUCUAGGAGCAAUCGGAAUGUUUACGGGUAGCGGUCUCGGUGAGACAGGACAAGGCCCACUGGGAAAUUUCGUACCAAAUCCUCAAGCAGGAAAUGGAGCUGGAACAGGUGGAGCUGGAGCAAACGGGGAGGGACCAGAUCUUGGACUAUUCGGACUGAUUCAACAAGGAAUAAUGGGAGCACAAGCGGCUGGAAAGGGUGGAAACGGAGGAAAAGAAGCAGCUUCAAAAGCAGCGGGACAAAUUCUUCAGCAAUUCACAGGAUUUGACCUCGGAGGAUUAGGAAACAAUUUCGGAGGACUUUUCGGAUAA